AGCGCGCUUUUUUCCUUUCGCUGGGACUCUCGGAGAAGAUUCCGCCCGGCAGCAGCAGAGAGGCUGUGGCGCGCGAGCGUUGCACUUGCUGAGGAGGAGACCUUGCGCCAGAGUGUGUGUCCAGCCAUGCCCGCCCAACAGCCCAAAAGCAGCGACGGGCCCCGGGCUCCGGAGAGGGUGGAGGAGCCGGAGCCGGCCGUGAUCACCCCAGCCAUGCUGGAGGAGGAGGAACAGCUGGAGGCUGCUGGGCUUGAGAGGGAGCGGAAGAUGCUAGAAAAGGCUCGCUUGUGUUGGGAUAGGGAGUCCGUGGAUAUUCGGUACCGUAGACUUCAACAUUUGCUUGAGAAAAGCAAUAUCUACUCUAAAUUUUUAUUGACUAAAAUGGAACAGCAACAGUUAGAGGAACAGAAGAAGAAAGAGAAAUUAGAGAGAAAAAAGGAAUCUUCCAAACUUGCUAUGGGUAAAAGUUCCAUUGAUGGAAGUGAGGAGAAUCCAGUUAUGAGAAAGAAAAGAGGAAGAGAAGAUGAAUCGUACAAUAUUUCAGAGGUCAUGUCAAAAGAGGAAAUUUUGUCUGUGGCUAAAAAAAAUAAAAAGGAGACUGAGGAUGAAAGCUCUUCUAAUCUCUGUGUAGAAGAUCUUCAGAAAAACAAAGAUUCAAAUAGUAAAAUUAAAGAUAGGUUGUCACAAACAGUUAGGCAGAAUACUAAGUUCUUCGUUGACCCAGUUCGGAAAUACGAUGGACAGCCAGUACCCUUUCAGCAACCAAAACUCUUUACAGGAGGUGUGAUGCGUUGGUACCAAGUAGAAGGCAUGGAAUGGCUUAGGAUGCUUUGGGAAAAUGGAAUUAAUGGCAUUUUAGCAGAUGAAAUGGGACUGGGAAAGACAGUUCAGUGCAUUGCUACAAUUGCAUUGAUGAUUCAGAGAGGAGUACCUGGACCAUUUCUUGUCUGUGGCCCAUUGUCUACACUUCCUAAUUGGAUGGCUGAAUUCCAAAGAUUUACACCAGAAAUUCCUACUAUGUUAUAUCAUGGGACCCAGCAGGAACGUCGAAGAUUGGUAAAUAAUAUUCACAAACGGAAGGGAACACUGCAGAUUCAUCCUGUGGUAAUCACUUCAUUUGAAAUCGCCAUGAGAGACCGAAACGCAUUACAGCAUUGCUUUUGGAAAUACUUAAUAGUAGAUGAAGGACACAGGAUUAAGAACAUGAAAUGUCGUCUAAUCAGGGAGUUAAAACGAUUCAAUGCCGACAACAAACUUCUUUUGACUGGGACUCCCUUGCAAAACAAUUUAUCAGAACUUUGGUCAUUGCUGAACUUCUUGUUACCAGAUGUAUUUGAUGACUUGAAAAGCUUUGAAUCUUGGUUUGAUAUCACUAGUCUUUCUGAAACUGCUGAAGAUAUUAUUGCUAAAGAAAGAGAACAGAAUGUAUUGCAUAUGCUGCACCAGAUUCUAACACCUUUCUUACUGAGAAGACUAAAAUCUGAUGUUGCUCUUGAAGUUCCUCCUAAACGAGAAGUAGUUGUUUAUGCACCCCUUUCAAAGAAACAAGAGAUCUUUUAUACAGCCAUUGUGAACCGGACAAUCGCAAACAUGUUUGGAACCAUUGAGAAAGAAACAGUUCAGCUAAGUUCUACUGGACGACCAAAACGGCGAACUAGAAAGUUAAUAAAUUACAGUGAAGUAGAUGAUUCCCCUAAUGAAUUGGAAAAAUUGAUCAGUCAGAUACAACCAGAGCUAGACCGAGAAAGACCUGUUGUGGAAGUGAAUUUUCCUGUAGAUUCUGAAGUCAAUCUGAAGCUGCAGAAUGUAAUGAUGCUACUUCGUAAAUGCUGUAAUCAUCCAUAUUUGAUUGAGUAUCCUAUAGACCCAGUCACACAAGAGUUUAAGGUUGAUGAAGAAUUAGUAACAAAUUCUGGGAAAUUCCUAAUUUUGGAUCGAAUGCUGCCAGAACUAAAAAUCAGAGGUCACAAGGUGCUACUGUUUUCACAAAUGACAAGAAUGUUGGACAUUUUGAUGGAUUUCUGCCACUUUAGAAAUUUCAACUUCAGCAGACUUGAUGGAUCCAUGUCUUAUUCAGAGAGAGAGGAAAAUAUGCACAACUUCAACACAGAUCCAGAUGUGUUUAUCUUCUUAGUGAGUACACGAGCUGGUGGACUGGGCAUUAAUUUGACUGCAGCAGAUACAGUUAUUAUUUAUGAUAGUGAUUGGAACCCUCAGUCUGAUCUUCAGGCCCAGGACAGAUGUCAUAGAAUAGGUCAGACGAAGCCAGUUGUUGUGUAUCGUCUUGUUACAGCAAAUACUAUUGAUCAGAAAAUUGUGGAAAGAGCAGCUGCUAAAAGGAAACUGGAAAAGCUGAUCAUCCAUAAAAAUCAUUUCAAGGGUGGUCAAUCUGGAUUAAAUACAUCUAAGACCUUCUUAGACCCUAAGGAAUUAAUGGAAUUAUUAAAAUCUAGAGAUUAUGAAAGGGAAGUAAAAGGAUCAAGAGAGAAAGUCAUUAGUGAUGAAGAUCUAGAGUUGUUGUUAGAUCGAAGUGACCUUAUUGAUCAAAUGAAUGCCUCAGGACCAAUUAAAGAGAAGAUGGGAAUAUUCAAGAUACUAGAGAACUCUGAAGAUUCUAGUCCUGAAAGUUUGUUUUAAAUUGGAGCUACGGAAUGUCUUUUUUAAUUUGUUUACAUCUACAGAUUUACCUACAUUGGUGUUAAAGUCCAGAUUGUCUACUUUACUUUUUGAUUAUCUCAGUUUACAUAAUGUAACACUGCAUAAUUAAUAGAUGGUCAUUUUCUGAGCCUUAUUAAGAACGACAUAUUCAAUUUAGAUUUUCAGUUAAUUUUUCUGACUCAGUAGUACCCUUAGGCACAGCCUGAUGGGUACUAAAUCACUGCCAGAUUUAUACAGCCUUCCUGUGGAAGUUUACGGUCUUUCCCCCUCACUUCCCCUCUUUAGCAGUACGGUUUAUGGGUUUUGGGUACUUCAGUUAUGGAGUAGGCUUUUAAUGGGGGGAAAAUUGGGAUUGUGCUUUCUGUUUAAAUGAGAAAUUGUUUGAUUUUAGUAUCUAUUGGUAUAAAAUCAUUCACCAAAUAAAUGUUCGUUAUAAGAUGAUAUCAAAUUAUUUUUUCAGAAAGAAUGGCUUGGGUGAAAUAAUAAUAGCAAAAGUCUUGCAAUGUAUUGCGAUUCAGUAUUACUUACCUGGCUUGAUUGCGUUCAUUUAAGGUACACACAUAUAAAAAGAUUUCAACUGAAUAUUGGGUUAAUGCAGAGAAGGCUCUGGAAUAUACUAUAGGGUCUUAAGAAAUCAUAAACUGGAACUGGCAAUAUAUUUUGCAAAACAUGAAUAGAAUGAGAGAUGACACCCUUAAAAUUUAUAGUGGUGGUGGGAAUAAGAAGAAGUCAAGACCUAAGAUUAUAGGUAAUACAAAAUUUGUAACAGGAGCAUAAAAUGGUAGCAAUUUUAUGUAUGUAUAUCAGGCUAUGAGGAAGGGAAAUUCUGAAUGUUCCCUGAACUAUACAUUUCUGUGUAGGCUGCUUCUCUCAUGGAAAAAUGCUAUUCCUCCUGCUUCCCAUGUAUAUUCAAAGGUAGAUGAGAAUAUCUAUAUCUUACGGAGAUUUAGUAAAAAAAAAAAAAACCAGACUACAGAGCAGGUUUUUUAGUUUUUGUGAUUUUUUUUUUUUAAACUGGAAAUGUUUACCAAUCACAGUAAUGCUGGCUAAUCAUCAGUGUUAGUUGGUUGCCUAGUUCUACUAAGUUCUCCUCUUAAAUGAGAAUGUAAUGGUAGGUUCACCUCUAUCCUCACAUCUCUAGUACCGUCUCCCUUAGCAUGUUGCUCCCUGUUGACACUAGAUAAUAAAAAGUAUCAGGAAAGAACUUUUGAAAGUUGUCACCAUUGCAUCUCUACAAGCCUGCCAGUAUCUGCCUAUGUAUCCUUAUUACUGUGGAAGUAUUGUCUGUACAAGCUAGAAUCAACAGAAAAACCUCAUUUCUUUUAUAGAAAACUCAACGAAAGGUUGACCAGAUUUGCUUUUUUGAUUGUCCUCUUUCAUUUUUUUGUUCCCUGAACCCAUUGUGGUCAUAUUUUCAUCUUGUCGACCCAUUGGAACUGUUCUUAUUAAGGUUUCCAGUGGCCUCAUUGACCUCACUUUACUAGAUAUAUCAGUAGCAUUUUAACAGUUACUUGAUUUUCAGCCUCUCAUAAUCACAAGAUUGGGCACUUAAUCAGCCUUUAAUCCAGUUUGUUCACUAAAUAGGAGUGUGUUGGAAACAUGAAACAGGAAUAAAGUUACAAUGAAGAAUCAAAUGAACACACUGGGUAAAUACUCAGUUUUCUAGAAUUAAGGAAAAAUGAAAGACUUCAUACUAGAUUAGUUUAUCAAGUGCUAUACAGAAGAGAUGAAGAAAACUAGAUUACCUGUAAAGAAACAUCACUUAGCAGAUGUUUUAUCUCAAGAGAGUGAAAUAAGCAAAUUUUCAAUAUGCUCAAAGAAAAAUUACAACCUAGAAUUUUAUAUUCAACUAGAGUACGUGAAAGUGGGACAGUCAAGAUUCAGGCACGCAAGUUUUAUGCAAAAGGAAGCAAAGGUACUGACCCUACCUGUCAAGUGUUAGAAACAACCUUAUGUGGAAUCCAUGUGUCCUAACCUGGCUUUGUAGUACCCCACUAAGGAUCUCUUUAAUACUUCAAACCAUAGACAAUAAGCAGCAGAGCUAUUGGCAGGUGGAGCUGUGGAUGAAUGUCAAGCCAGCAGCUGAAGUCAUAGAACAGGCAGCCUAUACUUUCAGAAUUUUAUGUGAUCCAGCUCUGAGAGCUUUUGAACCACUUCCGUUAGAUAACCUUAUUGUCAUCACUUCAGCUUUAAUAUGCAUUUCUCUGAAUUGGAAGUAAGUGCUUUUCUGGCUCACAUAAAAGGUAUUUUUGUAGUUCUAUUUUUGUAAACUUCAUAAUUAUAUUUGGUUCAUAACUAUAAAUGUAAAUUCAGGGAAAUAAUAGUAACCUUAUAUCAGGGAUGUACAGUUUCAGUAAGAUCUUGCAAAAAAUGACAUACAUUAAAAGUCUCAAGUACAGGGAAAGGAAGCAGUGUACAUAAAAUGCUUAAUUCAGUGUUUGCCUGGUAAUGUUUAAUAAAUGACAGGUACCAUUAUCACUUCUAGCUAUUUUAUUAAUACCAGUUUACUAGUGAUCAUUCAUUAGUAAACUACCAAGGAAACGGUGCUUACAUGGAAGAGCCAAAAUCUAAACUAUAGACUCUGCUGCUAUCAUACCUUGCAAAAUAUAAAAUAUAAGUCUCCAUUCCUUGGACAAAGAUACCUGAUUAUUUCUCUGUAAGGGAAAACAGUUGUCUUUUUGUUCAAAUUACACUCAUUUCUACUGUGACAAUGUAGCUGCAAUUCUGGGGCAUUUUCCUGGCUUGCAGAACCCAAAUAUAAGUUCCUUGAGCACAUUAAGUGAGAAGAGCAAUUCUCUUAGUCCAGAGUCUAGACUUUUCAAAAGUUUUGACAAUUCAUCUGGUGGUGGGUAUAGAAUAAAAUUAUCUUGGUUUUAGCAUAUAGAGAAAUAAUCAGAUUUGAAAUGAAAAUACCUGGAUUUCAGUUACUUCUCUGCCCAAUUUACAAACUUGGGAAAGGCAAACUGUAAAUCUAUUUCCUCAUACCAGUGGAGCCGAUAUUCCCUGCCCAUCCUAGUUCACAAGUUUCUUUUGCAGACUGUGUCAUAUAAGUAUGUGCACAACCCCUCUGAUCAUAGUAAGAGUCCAGUUGAAAAAAAGGAGGUUAUUCUAGGUAUACACUGGGGAAGUCAUUUAUAAUGGAGAAAUGAAGUUUUAAUUUCGGACUAAAGCCCAAAUUAUAGUUUUCCCUAGAUCGAUCUCAUAUAUUAGUGUCUCUAACUUCUCUUCUAGAGUUUGUGGAUAAAAUACACAAAUAAGAGUCAUAAGAAGCAAUGUAGUUUUGUUAUUAAGAGUAUGAAUUACAGAAUCAGAUUUGGGAGCAAAUCCUCAUUCUAUUCCAAGUUAGCUGUCACCAUUGAAUGGAAAUUACUUAACCUCUCCAGGCCUCAGUUUCCUUAUCUGUAAAAUGGGGAAAGAGUAGUAAUUCUGAGAUUGCUGUGAGGAUUAUGUACAGAAAUGUUCUGUGUAGUUUCUAUCACAUAAGAACCUCAACUAUUGAUGCAAAAUAUGUAUUAUAGUAGAUUGCAAUUUGCUCUACCCAAGUAUCACAGAGGCAGGAAGGAAAAGGAAGUUAAUGUAUCCCUGGAUCAGCCAGCACAGGGCACUCAUUGAUUGUAUGGAGUGCACAAGAUGCUUUCAGAGUGAAUGCAGAUCUAAACUGCCUUUUUCUCAUUUAACAAAUGUAGAGGCAUUUUCCAGAGGCUACAUGAUCUGUGAUGACAUCAUUGCUCUGAUGGCUAGUGGAAGGUGUGUUUGUACUUUUGGAAGUUGUCAGCAUUAAUUUCUAAUAUGGCAAUAUGGGUCAAUAUAACUCUCACAAGCAAAGUUCUUUGGGCUCCUCAGUAAUUAUUAAAAAUGGAAAGGGGUCCAGGAAUCAAAGUGUUUGAAAACUGCUGGCGUGAAGGGUGGGCUGCCUUUGUAAUGUUCUGUGUUAUUGUUCACUCUUCACUAACUACUGUAUUAAGAUGUUUGUAUUACUGUUUAUACAUUUUGUUCUAUAUUUAUCCACAUUAUACUUAUUUCUCUGUGGUUUGUGCAAGAUUUUUUCCUGGUACUUUUCAAAUGGCUUUACAGAAUGGUCGUAUGAGUUCACACCCCACCAGCAGUACUGAGGACCUACUUCUCCACAUCCUUACCGAUACCUUAUUUACCUUGCUAAUUUUUGCCAUUCUGAAUGUCAUAAAAUGGCUUCUUCUUGUUUAAAUGUUGUAUUUCUCCCACUUUCUUCAUUUUUAUGUUUUGUAUGGUCAUUCUUGCCAGAGUUCUGCUUCUGUUAAUCUUCCCAUGGAUCAGCUUCUGCUUUAGUUAAAUCUGAUUCUCUUUACUAUGUAUCAUUGGUUCUCACUUCCAUCUUUAAUUUUUUGUCUCAUUUCUUUGUAUUUGAUAUAAAAUAAGCAAACAUUGAGUGCUUUUCUUCAGUGAUUAUUUUAUAACAAAGUAUUUAAUGAUGCAAAUUUUUUCUCUUAAUACUGUUUUAGCUGUAUCUCAAAUAUGGCAGGUAGAGUUUUUGCUGUUACUUAAUUCUGUUUUCUAACUUUUAUGAUUUUUUAUUUAACUCAGGAGUUCCUUCAUUGUAUAUGUAGUUUGCAGAUACAAAUUUUUAAAGAUUUUAUUUAUUUUUAUAUUGAGGAGAAGGGAAGGAGAGGGAGAGGAAAAGAAAUAUUGAUGUGUGAGAAAAACAUCAACAUCAGUUGCCUCCUGAAGGCUCACCCAUGGGGGACUGGGACUGCAAUCCAGGCAUAUGCCCUGACUGGGAAUCGAACUGGGGACUUUUUACUUUGUGGGAUGAUGCUCAACCAACUGAGCCACACUGGUCAGGGCACAGAUAACGAUUUUUUUUUUUAAGUUGCCUAUUUUAUUGCUUUCCCUCCGUAUUUAAUUAUAGUCAGAGAACAUGAUUUGCAUGAAGUUAACUUUGUAGACUAUAUUGAUGCUUCCUUUGUGACCUAGCACAAGAUGAGUUUUGUAAAUAUUUUCAUUUGUACUUGAGGGUAAUAUAUAUUUUCUGAUUUUUGAGGAUAAAUUUCUCUAU